GGGACUCUCAAAUGUUACACUGUCAACCGUUACAUGAUUUGUGAUGCAAAAUGAACAUCAACAUCCUCCACAAGGUGGAGCUACUUCGCAUGAGAAAUUUUGGAAAGGCCAAACAGGGCCUAUACCUCCUGUGCGAAAUUUGUAAUGCUAUAGGUCCAACCUCCCUCCUUGCUUUGACUUAUGCCACUCUUGCGUCACAAAUUCAUGUUACAGUUGAGAACGUAACAGUCGAGAACGCGAUACGCAGCAAUGGCGAAAAGAGAAUCCGAACACUGAAGUGCAGGGUCGUUUUCUGA